AUGACCCCACCUCCGUCUGCUUCUGCUUCUCCUCCGAGUCGACCUCCGAGGAAUCCUCCGACUUCUCGCCAGAGACUGGCAAGAAGGGCUUGCGAUUCGUGUAAGAUUCGUAAGAUCCGCUGCUCGGAAACGCCCCCCUGUACUGCUUGUGAGGCGUCCGGUAUAGACUGCACCUUCAUCCAGACCCAAGGGACGAGAGGUCCAAGAGGUCUUCGGCCGAGGACUCUGGACAAGAUUGAGCGAAGACGCCAAGGAGAUUCUUCGAAAAGAAGUACAUCUAGUCCGGAGCAAACAGUAGCCAAGAAAUCACCAUCGCCUAUUGACGAAACAGCCUGUUUACUUGAGAUUCUCGAGGUUUACUCAGAGCGGCUCUUCCCCAUCUGGCCCAUCGUCAAUGCAACCGACCUAGGGAAUCAGAUACGGCAGAGCCCCAAUGCAGGCGGUGCAGCUCGCUGUCUUGCUAAUGCAGUGGCCCUUGCUGCAAUCGCCCAGCUGAAGCUAGACACUGCAUGGCAGCCCAGGGUGGAGGAGGCAGAGACAAGUGGACUAAGCGAGUCGUUGGGUCUCUUGGACGCGCUGCGGGUUUCUUUCUUUCUGCAUAUUUACCACGAGAAUGCUUCGCCUGGGGGCACCAAGUCGCUUGUGUACUUGCGCGAAGCCAUCACGCAGGCUCAAAUACUAAGGCUCGAUCGAGAGUCUACUUAUGCUUCGCUUUCGGAACCCGACCAACAUGUCUCCCGGCGGAUUCUUUGGUUGUUGUUUGUUACAGAGAGAGGUGUCGCACUUCUUCACAAGCUCCCCAUAGUUCUCAAGCCAAACAUCCUAUUCCCCUGGUUUGGCGGCGUCGACGACCGCGCCGAGGUCCUCCCUGCUUUCCUUAAGCUGGUUCACUUGUUUUGGGUAUUUGACCAGAGCGGUAUCUUUGAGCUGCUCCAUAAUUUCGAUGCCGACUCAGACAUACCCAGCAUGGCUUCUGUCGCUCAAAGCUGUCUCGAGUUACUCCAGCAGAAGCUUCUCGACUCAGCCGACAACGACGAUUGGGGCCCGAUUAAUGAAGUGCAGCGUGCAGACAUGUUUGUUACUCGGCAAUGGAUGCGCGCUGUGCUCUGGCGGGCGGCUCUUCGCUUUGGCAUUGUGACUCCUGCUAUGAAUCCGAUAGACAUCGCCAAAGACUUUCUGGGUCUGGUCUCUGAACUUCCGAAGACUGCGCUCGAGUCGCAUGGGCCGACACUGGAGUUCAAGACGUUUGAGAUCGCGACGGCAGUAAUCGAUGCAAUGGCAAGCGAGCAGACAAUACCAGAUGACCAGUCAGGCCGGAUCCUUCAUCAAUUGCGGGAUAUUCUAUCAUCAUGUCGAGGCGGCAACCGGACCCUACUGUCCCUUCUCACGAUAAGAAUGGACGCCAUCUUCAACUCAUGUCGUGUGGUCGAGACGUCUGAUGGCGACGCAGUUGCCUUUGAGCCUCAAGCUUCUUACCACGACACGGCCGAUCUUCUCACGGCGCAACCGAAUCUCACCAUGCCGACGUACCAGUUCAUGGAGGGACAACCUUCUCAGAUUUGCUGGCCCCCUCUAGACCUCGGCUAUCUAGUCCGAUCGCCCUCGCCGCUUACUCGCAUGUUACUAGAAUCGAUGCCCCGCGACGUUGAGCAGGGUCAGCAAACGGUGCGACAGAUCAUAGAGACGUCUACGUGA